GUAAUUGAACUUCAAAACCAAUAGCAUCUUACACCGCAACACCAACCGCCAAACACCCUGAAGCUGGCUCGCAGAAAGAAUGUCGCAAGGCGAUGAUUUCAUUUGACUUGGUGGAACCCUAGAUUUUGGCUCCGUCUUCUUCCUGCUCCUUUAAAGAGCCGAUCUUCUGGUUUACGGUUUCGAGCCUCGCUCCUUAUAAAACUUCUUAUUGUUUUCUGGAUUUCUUUAGUCGCCAUGUCUAAAAGGGUUCUUUGCAAGUUCUUUGCUCAUGGGGCAUGUCUCAAAGGGGAGCAUUGUGAGUUUUCGCAUGACUGGAAAGCUCCCCCAAAUAAUAUUUGCACCUAUUAUCAGAAAGGAGUUUGUGCAUAUGGUAGUCGUUGCAGAUAUGAACAUGUUAAACCUUCUAAAGGCAAUUCUUCUGCUUCAUCUUCAUCAACAAAUCCAUACCAAGCUCUGGUCUCAGAUCCUGUUUCUCCAGGUCAUGAUACUAGAACUGCAUUGAGUGGAGCUAGUCCAAUCCAAGGCACUCCAUUGGAGCUAUAUGCUUCAUGUAGACCUUUCAUUCCUCCCACUAAACCUGCCUGGAAUGAUGAAUUUGUGCACCAUGAUCUUCUAGAUGACAGGGAUAUUGGGGAGCCUAGCAGUAUUCGGCCAGCUGACUGUUCUAUCUGUUCAUUUGCGGCUGCUGGUAAUUGUCCCCGUGGAGAAAAAUGUCCUCAUAUUCACGGUGACUUAUGUCCCACCUGUGGAAAACAUUGCUUGCAUCCUUUCAGGCCUGAGGAAAGAGAGGAACAUUUGAACACCUGUGAAAAAAAGCAAAAGCAACUGGAUGCGCUAAAACAUAGUCAAGAAAUAGAAUGCAGUGUAUGCCUGGAACGUGUUCUUUCGAAGCCCACGCUAGCAGAACGGAAGUUUGGGCUGCUUUCGGAAUGCGAUCAUCCAUUCUGUAUAUCCUGCAUCAGGAAUUGGCGUGGUAGUUCUCCGACCUCAGGUCUUGAUGUCAAUAGUGCUUUGAGGGCCUGCCCAAUUUGUCGCAAGUUAUCAUACUUUGUUGUUCCUAGUGUUAUUUGGUAUACUACAAAGGAAGAGAAGCAGGAAAUUGUUGACAGCUACAAGGCCAAGCUCAAGUCCAUUGAUUGCAAGCACUUUGACUUUGGGAACGGAAACUGCCCAUUUGGGACUAGUUGCUUUUACAAGCAUGCAUACCAUGAUGGCCGUCUAGAGGAGGUAGUUCUACGUCAUCUUGGGGCUGAGGAUGGACACACUGUGAUAGCUAAAAAUAUUAGGCUGUCGGAUUUCCUUGCUAACUUGCAUAUACGGUGAAGGGAUGCUGUUAGAUAUUGUAGAGAUAUUGAGUCAUAUGAAGAACUCACGUGCCGCAAAGUUCUCUUCAAUUGUCAGUGUGAUGAUACAUAAGUUUUUUGUGAGAUUAUGCUUUUGGCAAGUUCAUUCUCCCCUGUUCCCCCAAAGUCAUACUGCUUAUCUGAACUUCUCAACGGUGUCAAAUUCAGAUUUGCGUGCUGGAGGGGCGAUAUUGAGGAAAUCGGGGCAUGCUGCGCUAUUUAUUAGACUGCAUCAUUUAUGAGAUCUAUAAAAUCAUAACUUCAAUGUUCAUUUGAUGCGUAUGUUUGAGACUUGUCCUCUGCUGUCCAAUUUAUGUCUUCUGCUGUCCAAUUUAUGUUCUUAAUGGACGCGCGUAUAUAUAGCCUUGCUGUUUC